CGGGUGGUUACCAAGCCGUUCUCUCUUUUUGACGAUCUGACUGCAAGAUGACCAAGGGUACAUCCAGUUUUGGAAAGCGUCAUAACAAGUCCCACACACUUUGUGUGCGAUGUGGAAAGAAGUCAUGGCACAUCCAAAAGAAGAGAUGCGCAGGCUGUGGAUUCCCCUCUGCCAAACUCAGGAAAUAUAACUGGAGUAUGAAGGCUAAGAGAAGAAGCACAACUGGCACUGGUAGAAUGCGUCACCUGAAAAUUGUCCGCCGUCGCUUCCAAAAUGGAUUCCAAGAGGGACAAGAGGCAAAAUCACAGAAAAAACGUGGAGCAGCAGCAGCUCCUCAGCCUGCUCAGGCUUGAAGCUUGAACCUCAUUGUCAAAAAAUAAAAAUAUGUAAUAAAAUCAUUUGCAGAAGAAACUGCAGGUUUAA